GUCACAGCGCACCCCUCACACUGCCUAUUCCAAAGCCCUCUGGACGAGUCAUGCAGCUUUCCUUGGCCCCCGUUCUCGUCAUCUUUUCUGCCGCCGCUGCAGCCUCUGCGCUGCCAGCGCCUGACGCUCAGUGUGCAAGCUGUCCGAAAGCUAUCGCAAACCCUGCGGUGAACGUCACUGCUGGCGCUCCCAGCGACUAUUACCUUGUGGCCGCCAGCGGAGGUACCCCCGGCACUCCUUCGUUUUGCGGAUACAACAGCAACGCAUCCGUCAAUCCUGUAACAUGGCAGUUCUUCUGCUUCUACGAGGGAGCAGGGUCUGUCAGUGCGAAUCCUUCUGGUCUGUGCCCUUCGACAGCUUCGACCGUCAAUUGCGCCAGCCUGUGAACUCAAGAAAAUGAGUCGGCACGUCCUUGCAAAUGCCCUCUUCGAUGUUAGGCCCAUCAUUGCACUCCUUCGAUUGCAUCUCGCGCGUUCUUCGCUUCCAUCAGUUGUUAUCUCGGACUCGAACCUAGACUUUCACCAUCUCUCCUUGAUAGGCUAAAUUAGAACAUAGAUGGACACGAUCUUGAACUUUACUGUCGUACAUACGAGAGCCUUUCCAGACCGCACCGCAUUACAGCCUUUC